AUGGUUUUUCAGGAAACAGAAAAGGAGCCAUUCAUCAAAAAUAUCCUGCCGGUAGAACUAGCAAAACUGGAAAAAUUGAUUACGACACGAAUGGGAGGGGAAAUGUUCGUCCUUGGAGACAAGAUUUCAUUCGCAGACUAUGUUCUUUUUGAGGAACUCGACAUUUUGCUGAUUCUCGAUUCGCACUGUCUGGACAAAUUUCCAUUGCUGAAGGAAUAUCACAGACGAAUGGCUGAAGGACCGAAUCUCAAGGUAACCUAA